AAGCUUAUAUAACUUUUUGUAACAUUUUUUUUAGCCAAGCCUAUAUUCCUUUCUUAAAACGAAGAGGAGGCUCCAUCUUAGUUUAGGGUUUCGUGGUGGUAUCUUUCAAUAAUGCCUCGGCUUCUCUUCAAGCUCUCUCCCCUCAUUUACAAGAGCGGGAGCGUCCGUACGUUUUCAUCGUCCACGACCGGCCCGUAUACUCCGAUGUGCAUGAUUAUGUCUCCCUCGCCUAACGGAAACGUUGGAGAAGCCCUGCUGUUCAACGUGGACAGUUGUGAGUUAGUUAGAUCUCCAGAGAAAGCAUUUCCCAAAGAGCUUUAUAACGCUACAUUGGUCGGAACCUCCCGUGGAUGGGGCAUGUUCUCCAAUAGGCUAUACCGCUCAGCAGUUAUCAGCGACUUUCUGAACCCAUAUGCUUCCAAGUCAGAACCAAAGGUGAUUCCUCUGCCUCCAUUCACUACAAUACCCACUUACCAAACCGAAGUGGUGUGCAACAUGGCCAUGUCCUCUUCUCCUGAGCCAUACGACAAAGACAGGGUCGUUGGCAUCAAGUUCUUGGGUAAACAGCUAAGUUUCUGCAGACCCCAUCUUGAUCUGCGAUGGACUAACAUCCCAACACCUUUUGAGUCAUGGGAUACCUCAAAACUAAUGUAUUCCAAGAAAGACCAACGGUUCAACUUGCUUGCUCCUGGAGGCAACUACUUAUGCUCUUGGGAUCACGACUUCAAUAAAGACAAGAAGCCUAAGUUCCAUGAGUUGGUGUUGCACAACCUUCCAAGCAUGCCACGCGAACAACAGAAACGGCUGGAUUCUAAUUGCAGGGAGGAUCACUGGGUGGAGUCACCUUCCGGCGAAUCUUUCCUUGUCAAAUGGUUCUCAGAAUACACUCCUGAAGGGUGCAAAGUACCGAUGGUGAUGGUGUUUAGAGAGGAGGAUACAAAAGAUGGGAGGAAAAACAUGCACUACACUGACGACAUUGGAGAUAUGUGCAUUUUCAUCUCGAAAAGUGAGGACUUCUGCGUUAAGGCGAGCUCUUUCCGUGGCCUCAACCCUAACUCCAUCUUUUUAAAUGGACGUUUGUUUGUGUCGCUCAAUAUGAGUAAGUUUAGCUGCCGUCUCUAUGAAUAUCCAGAAGAUACACCAUACACGAUUCCUUACUCCCCCUACUGGCUUCCUCCGUUUUCUAGCUAUUAGGUGUGGUUGGUUGUGUCAUGUUGACCGGUUUGGAUUAGAUCAUCGAAUAUAUCAUGUUUACAAGAAUAUUACGUUGAUCAAAAUUCAAAACCCACAUCUAGUUUUAAGAGCAUGUUUAUCGAAUAUAUCAUGACACGUA